AUGGAGCUGUUGGAGACAGGGGGCCGGGCUCGGACGGCGAAGCAUUGCUCGGUCCUCAGCCCCAGCCCCGGCUUCGCACUCGCACUUCCCUGGGACCACUUCUCCGCCUGGCUUGAGUGCGUGUGUGUGGUCACAUUCGACUUGGAGCUUGGACAAGCGAUCGAGCUUGUGUAUCCCCAUGAUGUGCGACUUACAGAAAAGGAGAAAACCAGCAUCUGCUACCUGUCCUUUCCAGAUUCCUACUCGGGUUGCCUUGGAGACACACAAUUCAGCUUUCGAAUCCGAAAGACAGUGGGGCACAAGCUAUCCAUGGAUGAAGAUGAAGAGAAGUACAAUCGAGAUGCGCCAGUUGUUCUUCAGCGGGAUCGAGCACAUUAUUAUGGAUUUGUCUACUUCCGACAAGUCAAAGAUAGUACAGUUAAACGAGGGUAUUUUCAAAAGUCGCUGGUGCUGAUUUCUCGACUUCCUUUUGUGAACCUCUUCCAUUCUCUGCUGCAACUGGUUGCACCUGAAUACUUUGAGAAACUGGAGCCUUGUCUAGAGGCAGUUUGUAACGAGGUAGACCAAUGGCCAGCACCAAUCCCUGGAAAAACACUCAGCCUACCUGUCAUGGGAGUGGUCAUUCAGGUGCGAAUUCCAUCCAAGAAAGACAAACUUGGAACGAGCCCUCUCAAACAGUCAAACCAGGAGAAUCUGUUGCCAGCGCCAUUGGUCAUUCCCACAGUAAACGAGUUGGAUCUCUUCGGGUGUUUCCAGUCAAUUCUGAUCCAUAUGCAAAUGCUUUGGGAGCUGAUGUUGCUUGGAGAACCAGUGAUUGUCAUGGCAACAUCCCCCAAAAUUUCUUCAGAUACAGUGCUGGCACUGACCAGUUGUAUUGCACCCCUGAGAUACUGCUGUGACUAUCGGCCUUACUUCACCAUCCAUGACACUGAAUUUAAAGAGUAUACAACGCGAACGCAGGCACCGCCAAAUGUUAUUUUGGGAGUGACCAAUCCUUUCUUCAUCAAAACAUUCCAGCACUGGCCACACAUUAUUCGUAUUGGAGAAGUCAGAAUGUCAGGUGAUUUACCCAAACAAAUAAAAGUGAAGAAACUGAUGAAGCUUAGGACACUGGACACAAAGCCAGGUAUCUACACAUCUUACAAAACUUUUUUGCACAAGGACAAGGCACUUAUUAAACGACUUUUAAAGAUAGCUUGUAUAAGAUCAAUACAGGGCAUUCAAAGAAAACGUCCACCAGAAGUGCAGAGUGUCAUUGUCCGUCGCCAUUUACUGGAGCUGACCCAAAGUUUCAUUAUUCCCCUGGAGAGAUAUGUUGCCAGCCUGAUGCCCCUUCAGAGAACCAUCACUGCAUGGAAGAACCCACCGCAGAUCCGCCCCUUUAUCAAAGAAGAAUUCAUGAAGACACUGGAAUACACUGGACCACAACUGACCUCUGUGCAGAAAGGGGAUUGGGUAGGAUUAUACAGACGUUUUUUUAAAUCUCCUAACUUUGAUGGCUGGUUUCGUAUGAGAUACCAGGAGAUGUGUAAGAAGCUGGAGAUUCUUCACCUUGAGGUGUUGUGUGAGGCAGAUCUGCUGAUGUGGGUUCGAGAAAAGUCUGAAGUGGAAGUUGUGGACCUGAUUUUAAAACUGCGUGAGAAAUUGUUAAAAGCAAGGGUCCAUCAGCUCCCAGUCAGGGAAGACUUGCUGGAGAAGCUGGAGUUGUACCUGGAAACAGUAAUCAGCUCCCUGCCUGAUGAUCUACAAGUGGUGUUGCACCGACAUUAAUUGGGACAGCAAAUGACCUGCAGGCAGUUCAGUCCAUCAGAGGGAACCAGUAGAGAGAAGUCACUUUGGACGCCAUCUGUUUUCUGUUGUCAGAUUCUGAAACUUCCAUUAUACAAAGACAGAAUUGGUUGCAGUGGUAGGAUUGCACUAGAAUGAAAGCUUCUAUUCAGCAGCCAGAAUUAAUUGUGAAUGAUGAACUAAAAUGUCUGUGAUGUAACCUAGCUUACACAUGGAUAGGAUCAGAACACGCUUAUUACUGUUAGUUUUGAAAAAGGUUUC